CACCACCAUGCGAUAGCAAAGUCGAGGCAGAUUGGUUGCUGCAAACCAAUGUGCAAGCCACGAACAGUCAAUGCCUGAUCUUUGGCCUUCAUUGCCGCAAUGCGCGGUCCUUGCGACGGCCCUGAAAGUCUUACUGUGGCCAGCAUACAAGUCGACAGAUUUUGAAGUGCAUCGCAACUGGCUUGCCAUCACGAACUCCCUGCCUCUUCGCGAUUGGUAUUUCGAGAACACUUCAGAAUGGACCCUCGACUAUCCUCCUUUCUUUGCGUAUUUCGAAUGGGCCAUGUCACAAGUCGCCAGCCUCGUCGACCCAAACAUGCUAAUCGUCCAGAAUCUGGGCUAUGACAGCUGGCAGACCAUCUACUUUCAACGCGCAACCGUAAUCAUUUCGGAAGCUGUCUUGAUCGGUGGUGCAUUGGCAUUCUACAUCAACUCAAGCCCUGCCAUCUCGAGGCGUCAAAGUCAUGCAGUCGCGCUGUCCAUUCUGCUAUCACCGGGUCUAUUGAUGAUCGAUCACAUCCACUUUCAGUACAACGGUGCGAUGUAUGGCAUCUUGAUCCUCUCCCUAGUCCUGGCCCGACAUCAACAAAGUCGCCUUCUGCUAAGCGGUGCGGUCUUCAUGGCUCUUCUAUGCAUGAAGCAUAUCUAUCUUUAUCUGGCACCGGCGUACUUCAUCUACCUACUGCGUGCAUACUGCCUUGGCCCGAGAUCGAUCUUCGACAUCAGAAUAUUCAACUGCGUCAAGCUGGGUGGCACCAUUGCUGCCAUUGUUGCAGCUGCAUUCGGGCCCUUUGCGCGAUAUGGCUGGCAAGAACAGCUCCCGCAGAUAUUCAGCAGGCUCUUUCCCUUCAGCAGAGGCCUUUGCCAUGCAUACUGGGCGCCGAACGUCUGGGCUAUGUACUCGUUCAGCGAUCGAAUUCUCAUAUACCUGGCACCACACCUUAAGCUGCCUGUAAAUGCAGAUGCUGUCAAUAGUGUCACCAGAGGUCUGGUUGGUGAUACAAACUUUGCAGUGCUCCCUGAUAUUCCGCCGAGACUUACAUUUGUCCUCACACUUGCGGCGCAGAUACCCGCGCUCAUCAAGCUGUUCUUCCAUCCAACCUGGGACAACUUCGUUGCGACCAUCACUCUUUGCGGAUAUGCUUCCUUUCUCUUUGGCUGGCAUGUUCAUGAGAAGGCAAUUCUCCUGGUCAUUAUUCCUUUCAGCCUGCUUGCUCUGAAGGAUCGGCGAUGGCUUGGAGCAUUUCGACCGCUUGCGGUCGCAGGUCACGUGAGCUUGUUUCCGCUGCUCUUCACCGCAAUGGAGUUCCCUAUCAAGGUGGUCUAUACAAUACUGUGGCUGAUUGCCUUCCUGCUUGCCUUUGAUCAAUUGGCACCCGCAGCCGAGAAGCCGCGAGUAUUCCUCUUUGAUCGCUUCACACUGCUGUACAAUGCGAUUGCCAUACCGUUGAUCGCAUACUGCUCGCUGCUACAUCAGUUGAUAUUCGGUGCUCGGUAUGAAUUCCUGCCGCUCAUGUUCAUCAGCUCCUAUUCUGCUGUAGGAGUCGUGGGCAGCUGGAUCGGGUUCUUGGUCGUCUUCUUCACCUCAUGAAUGUGAUUGCUGGUCUGGCUCAUGAAGCAGAACCAUUUCAGGCGAUGGAUUUCGCAGCGCGACAUGCGUAUCGAGACCAAACCUGGGACCAGGGUGUUGACAAGAUCUAGAUCUUCAGCCAUAUCUAGUCGAUGAGAGAUGUGGUACUCAACUCGCAGCUCAAUUCAGGGACUGGUCAACUUCAAAUCUGGCCUUCUCGGGUUGUGGUCGCUGCAGGUCGCGAUCUUGGCCAAGAGUGCAGCUCAAAAUCCUGCGAGGUGGCCGCACCGCAGAAAAGGCAGAGGUAUGGGAGAGGCGACAGCGAUGUAUAUGUAGGCGGAUGAGCAGAAAGCACAUUCCAAAGACUACGCAAUUCAGUUCUGACUCUGUUUAACUCUGUAUUUACGGCAAUCGAUGUGUGGUAGCCAGAGAUGCACAUGCAAGCAUUGUCUGCGU